AUGGAACGUGGCAUGAUUUUUAUGCCCCUAAAAGUGAGGACGAUGCUCAUCUUUAUUCAAGGAUCCCGCUGCAACUCCGGCAUCCUGUGGGAACGUUUACAUUUUGCCAUGCGUCCUAAUCUGAGCAUGCCUAAGUAUAGGAAUAUGUUCUUUAUUAAGUACUGUGCUGGCAGUGCGCAUGGAACUGAUGCCCAGCUGGAAGGUGAGUCGUGGUUGCCCUAUGUUACAUACAGAGGGCAGCACUUUGUAAAAGGCGGACAGCAGUUUUCAGUGUUCUGCAACCUCACCCUCUUCAGCCAGCUCAAGUGGACCCACAAUGGCAAGCCUGUGGUAUCAGGGGAGGGGGGGUAUACGAUGGAGGAUGUCGCCGCCCCCCAGGGGUACGUAGGAAGCCGUUUGUCAGUGAAAAAUGCUCUUAUGUACCACGCUGGGGAAUACAAGUGCACAUCCUUCAGCCCGCGUUCUCACACGGUUUAUGUUCUGAGUGUUGACACAACUGGUGGAGAUGCUAUCAAGAUGCUGUAUAUUGGCUUCCCAUUGUCAAUAUCCUGUAAUAUGACCAACGUGGAGAGCACAGCACUUCAGUUACAGUGGUUCAAGAAUGACAUCAAAUUAGAAAGCGAUGAUCGGAUAAAAAUCUUCCAGGAGAACUCCUCAAUCUAUAUUGCAGAACCAAGUAGAGAUGACGUUGGAGAGUACAAGUGCCAGACAGCCGGGGGCAUCCCUGAUGAUCCUCUUCACAAAAUCAUCCUAGUUAUCUUUUUGGAAAUCAGAAAGAUGGAUAAGUCAAAGGUGGUCACAGAAGGAGGGGACCUCAUCAUAGAAUGUCCAGUUGAGGGUCAUCCACCCCCAGGCAUUCAGUGGUACAAAGAUUCUGAGCUUAUUGCUGAUGCCAUUAAUGGGACUCAGUUAACCCUCCAACCAAACGACAAGGAAAUGCCAAAUGGCCUGUUGAAAGUGACUGGAGUACAGCUUGAGCAUAGGGGGAAUUACACAUGCGCCAUCAUCUCCAAGACCCAGAAAUAUGAACGCUCAAUGUUUGUCAGGGUCAAGGGUGUUUAUGCUGCUCUGUGGCCGUUCCUUGGAAUUCUUGUGGAAAUGAUUGUGUUGGGGAUCAUUAUUUUCAUCUUUGAGAAGCGUCGUGCCAAGGCUGAAUUUGAUGAGUCUGACACUGACCAAGGAAAUGAUCAGAAAGCCGAUAACAACAGGGGUCAGCGGCGGAAGUAAGUUGAAGUCGGCCUGGCUUUGAUCACAAGACUUCAGCUAAAACUAUGCCCCCACCAAGUUAGUUUCAAUUAGAGAUCAGAUCAUACCUGACCCCCCCCCUCCCCCAUUUUGCCCAAAAUCUAAUCUUGUCAAAGUAGUUACAUGAUUCUAAAUCACUUCUAAAUCCUCAUAAACCCACAAACUUAACUAAGGGAAUGAUAACUGGUGUGGAGGAGUAUACAGAUCAUUCUCUUCUUUUUUUUCUUUCUUUUCUCAGUUCUUUUUCUUAAUAAAAUGUACAUUUGUACAUUGGUGUGCUAUUGCCACGAUUGUAUUAUGCACAUUUACUCCUUCACAUUUAAAAGAUAACAGUUAAAUUUGAGUAACGUAAUGACAAUUGGUGAUUAUAACACUGGUGGUAAAAGGCAUAAAAGCACAAUAAAAUAUUGUUUAAACAAAAUAAGAUUCUGAUCUGUAAAGCUAAAUUAAGUAGUUGUAAACAACAUUGUUUUUACAUAUGAAAUUGUUGGUAGUGUUUAGUAUAGAAUUUAUUUUUCAUUGGAUUUGAUUUGUAAAGAAAAGCUGUGACUUUGCUUUUAGCAGAUGAGGCCUGCCUCUUGUGUGGUUAAAGUUUCUAUUGUCAGCAUCUUCUCUAGUACCUCAGAAAUUUGAAUGGUAAUCUGCAAAUGGUAAAAUGUUGAUGGAAUAACUUAUAUUUUGAUAAUGUUCAGUGGCUAUAUUUCUUACUCUAUUAUGGAGCUUUUUAUUUGUUAUUCAUCAAGUUUGAUUAGUUCCUCUGGUAGAUAUUUUACCAUAUUUGUUCUUUGACCAAAUUUACUUGG